AUGACUGGCUAUUCCCAAACAGGAGGUGGCUCCAACACGAUUUCCAAUCAGGCUGCGAAUCCUUCAUCUGUUCCAGUGUCACAAGGCGCUCAAGGAAGGGGUCAGCAGAACUGGAACUCGCAGCCAUACAAUGGUGCAUCCGGUGGGUACAUUACUAAUCCGUCAGGGAACCCAGCAGCGGGAGGCCAAAAUCAAGGCCCGUACUACCCCGAACAACCCCAGAGAGACGGCCAGAUGAUUACUAUGGGACAAUCUACGCCCUACCAGAUCACAGAGAACUAUGACGGAGCACAAAUGGUGACAGGGUCGUCGCCAGGUAGUCGAACGCCAACGACAGCUCCUCCACCUUUUACACAGGCACCGUAUUCGCAAUCCAAUGUGCCCAACCAGGGAGUUUUCCCCACGGCACCUAUCAAUGUCUAUCCCGCAGAAAUGUCCACCACUAACGGAGGAGCUCAAGGGUACCAGUCCAGCGCUUCUGCGACGCCCUAUACGACAACACCUUUUCCGUAUGGAUCCACUCAGCAUCCAAAUCAGGGACUCUAUUCAGAAAAUGUCAUAAGUCCCAGUCAAGGCAUAUAUGGCACUUCUACGAACUACGGCCCAAGCACGCAGUCAGGCAGCAGUAUGAGUACUGGACAGUACACUCCAUCUCCGUAUCAGACAACUGGACCACAACCGUCGUCCAGUGGAUUCACGCCUUCUGGCCAAACUGCGCAAUACACUAAUCAGUAUGAUCAGGGUCGAAUGCAGACUACUCAGUACGGCGCCACAUCACCUCAACCACCUUCAUCCGAUUAUCGAACGAACAACCCUCAAAAUCAAGCUGUUGCGGUGACUCCCCCAAGUCAACAACCUUUCUAUGAUGGAUCGCAGGGUAAACUCAACCCCCGGCUGGGCUUCUGCCACAUCAUCUGGCACCCUCCACGUAUAACUACCAGACAGUUGGCCCUCAAAGCCAACCUCUGGACUCUUCAGUGGGCUUCAGCCCAUCAACUCAACAACCUCCCUACGGUUAUCAAACAAUUAGCCCUGAUAGGCCGAAACACAGCCACUUCAUAUCCCAAUCAACACCCCCGCCAUACCUAA